AUGGAUGAUCAACAAGGUCCUCAAUAUUAUGUAGGACAAGAAGGAGUGCAGAUGAACAAUAUGCCUUGCGCCGGUUGCCGGAAACUUCACCGGAGAUGUAACCGAGACUGUGUGUUGGCCCCUUAUUUUCCGGCCAGUCAGCCAGAGAAGUUUGCCAGAGUUCAUAAGGUCUUUGGAGCAAGCAAUGUAAUCAAAAUGCUUCUUGGAAUAGAGGAAGAGAGAAGAGAAGAUGCAGUGGAGAGUAUGGUGUAUGAAGCUCAUGAAAGGCUGAAAGAUCCAGUUUAUGGAUGCACUGGAACCAUUGUUUAUCUGCAGAAUUGUGUCAAAGACCUUCAAGGCCAAUUGAAAGCAACUCAGGACCAAAGAGAUCAACUCAUCAACAUUAUCAUGAAUGAAAAUACAACAACAUUUGAUGAUAAUUCUAACUUCAUUUGCAACAAUAAUUCCUUCUGUUUCUCUCUUGAUCAAUUUCAAUUGAUUUGA